CGAUUCAGGUUGGUGAUUCGAAUUAGGCGUCAUUAAGUAAUUGCCAUCGAUGGCAGCUACCGCCAAUUAUGCCAGGCACCACCACCCACCUCGUCCUUCCUUCCUCCCCAAUUAUUGGUGCGGGAUCCACCAUCCCCCCUCCAAUAAAAAUCAAUACCACUCGGACCAGCGGCGGCCGCAACGGCAACAGCGGCGAAGAAGGAAAAGAGAGAAGAAACAUGGGAACCGAGAAGAAGGAGUGCAAGAUAGGGAAGAAGACGUGAGGAUCAAGUGGACACAGCUUCUUUGCUUCCGGGGAAGAAAAGUUCCACAACGGAGGAGGAGAGGAGCCAAAUUUUGAUCUCGAUCUUGAUUGAGAGAUGAAGGCCUCUUCACCCAAAGAAGACAAGGAGACACCGCCGGCAGUAGCGGAAGGUGACGCAGAAGAGAAGGAAUCCCCAAUCUUUGGCGCUGUUGUUGAGUCGGAGAGAUCUCCAGAUUCGUUCUUUGUCAUGUCGGCGACGGUGAUUAGCGUGGCGGACUCUGUAGCGGCGGUGACGGCAGAGGUGGAGUUCGCGGCCUGCGACUGCUGCGGUCUCACUGAGGAGUGCACGCCGGCGUACAUCGCCAGGGUCCGGGAGCGGCACGGUGGGCGUUGGAUCUGCGGCCUCUGCGCUGAGGCCGUCAAGGACGAGAUUUGCCGUUCCGGCCUCCUGCUCUCUCCGGAGGAGGCCGUGGGCCGCCACGCCAGCUUCUGCCGGAGCUUCCGUACGUCGGCCUCGUCCGAACCGUCUGUGGAUCCGGCGGAGCGGCUGAUUGCCGCCGUCAGGCAGCUCUUCCGACGGAGCCUCGACUCCCCUCGAGCGGUCCGGUCAACCCCGAGUAGCCCCCGGUCCAAUGGUGAGGCCGGGUCCCGGGCCGCCCUGGGCCGGACCGGCAGUGGGUUCCCCACACUACUUGGCUGAGAAGCAUAGAAGAGAAAUCAUAUGAUAUAGAAUGGCAAGAAGAGAAAAGAAAUACAGAGAAAAAUGGAGUAUGAUUUUUCUCAUAAAAAGAAAAAUCACUGCUCAAACUCCAGGCUUUGAUGCAUCGUUCUGUAUCAGGCAAAAUUUCACAUCAAGUUCUUGCUACUUGUCAUCGGAGUGGUAAGGGAAAAAAUCAUUGGAAAUUGGAAGAAGAAUUCCACUUUCUAAAUGUUAAAAGAAAUUUGAGGAUUUUAUAUGAAUACUUAGCAUUGAUUUCUGACCUGAAACUUAUUUCACAGGGAUUGAGAAGCCGAAAGUGAUCAUCUCCUAUUCUUCUUUAGAUCUUUGGGUUUGCCAAACCAUCUCAGUAAGUGUCGUCAUGUGUUGUGAGCAUGAAUCAUUGUAUUACUGUACUGUUACUCGGUUUGCUUACGACUCUUCAAAUUAGCAAUGGCUGGAACAUCCCACAACACAACAUCUAAAUUUAUCUGUCAUUCUGAACUAUGUUGUCAAUGGUCUCACUGAGAUGACAUCAUAGCUGGGAUAAAAAUAUUAGAGAUGAAGUUGGUCAAAAGCAGUGUAUUCAUUUUGGGUGAGUUGUACUCUAGCACAUCUAUCUGUCUCAUAUCAAGCACUCAUAUCAUCACUACAGAAAAGAAAUUUAGCUAA